GCAACUUCAAAUAAAGUACCAAUUAGUAUUUGAUUAGAACUCGCAUUCAUUCACUAUGACCGUGCUCGAUAUCUUCACAAUGUUGCUGACUCUGCCUCUGCUGCCCUUCCGGUUGAUAUGGAGUCUGUUCAACCAGGACAUGAAAUAUUCACACGUCGAGAAUCUGGAUGACACCGUCGGCAAAUUCACCAAUGAUUUCAAUAAAUCGCUCGAAACAAAGGAUGACCAGGCCCGUCGCAGCCAGUACACCAAGACCACCUCCACAUUCUACAACCUCAUCACCGACUUCUAUGAGUACGGUUGGGGCCAGUCCUUCCACUUUGCACCCCGUUACCAUGGUGAAACCUUCGCCGAGGCCAUCCGGAGGUACGAGCACUUCUUUGCGGCCAAUUUAGGGCUCGAUUUGUCCCCGAUCCAGACCAUCAACCCCACCCAGCGUGUUCUGGAUGUAGGCUGUGGCGUGGGCGGCCCUAUGCGGGCGAUCGCAAAGUUCCUGAAGUACCGUGCGCGUAUCACAGGCAUCAACAUCACACGCGAACACAUCAAGCGUGCCCAGAUGUUCAAUACCAAGGAAGGGAUCGAGCACUGCGACUUUAUCUGUGGCGAUUUCAACAAGAUCCCCGUGUUGAACGACUCCUUUGAUGCGGCCUACGAUAUGGAGGCCACCCUACACUCUACCGACCUUAAGACUACCUUCAGCGAGAUCUACCGCGUGCUCAAGCCCGGCGCCAAGUUCGUCUCGGCCCAGUACUGUCUGUUGGAUGCCUAUGACGGAAGCAAGGAGCACAAGGACCUAAUCCGAGUGAUUGACAACACCAACGGUUGCUAUGUCAGUGGACGUACGGUUGCCAGCACGAAGGCUGUCUUCGAGGAAGUCGGGUUCAAGAUCAUCUCAAACGAGAACGUGUUUGACAAGAGCGCACACAGCGACUACAGCUUCACGAGCAACUUCGAUGUGGCUGAGGGGGGUAAGUUCACGGGCACCAAGCCCGGUAUGCUGCUGACCUUGGCCUUCUGUCAUAUCGGCGAAGGCUUGGGUUUGUUACCCAAGGGUACCAUUGAGGUGCAACAGAUGCUUAUCAGCGCAGCCGACUCGUUCAAGGAGGCGGACAAGCUGAACCUGAUCACACCCGGGCAGUUAUUUAUCCUGCAGAAGCCGCUGCAGGACGAACUGGUUGGUAGGUAAUUUAUUUAUAGCAUGGUAGGUAAACCAUAUAUAGGAACCACCAGAUCAAUAAACACAGAUGGGAACUAUCUACUCGUGUCGGA